UAUAAUUUCUUUAAUCUUAUUAAACGUCAUAAAUAUCUACUAACUAAAAAGAUACACCUGAGUAUAAAAGAUCAUACAUUGACCAUUACAUGACAGUUGCUCAAGGUGCAAGGAGUGUUUUUUAGAUAGAUAAAUAAAUUAAAUUUCUGGAAGAAAUGGCUUUGAAUAUUGUCGACGAAAAGUUACAUUUAGAAAAGACGAUCCUUGCCCCAUACACCUACCUCCUGCAAAUCAAGGGUAAGCAGUUACGUCUGAAGAUCUCUCGCGCCUUCAACCACUGGCUGAAGCUAAGCGAUGAUAAAUUGAAUGAGGUGCUAGAUACUGCGAGAGCGCUCCAUACUGCAACCCUGCUGUUCGAUGAUAUCCAAGACGAUGCGAAGUUGCGGCGCGGACUGCCAGCUGCACAUCGUGUAUACGGCGCGAAUCUCACAUUCAACACAUCAAUGCACGUCCUCUUCCUAGUCCUUAACAGAUUUAUGGAAAUACAUCCUAAGGCAGCAAAAAUAUACGCUGAAGACUUCCUGGAGGCACUCCGCGGACAAAGCUGGGAGUUGUAUUGGCGGGACAACGUCGUGUGCCCCACUGAGGAGGAGUACAAAACUAUGCUCAGAAAGAAGACCGGGAGAAUGUUCACUUUACCAGUGAGAGUGUGUCAAUUGUUCAGCAAUUUUAAAACCGAUGUGACCGAUUUAGCGGAGUUGCUCGGGUAUUACUUCCAGCUUAGGGACGACUACUGCAAUUUGAGCCAACAGGACGCGUUAGAAGAAUGGCCAGGAGAAGAAGACAUACAGGCAGACAGGGUUUCCAGCUACUGUGAAGAUAUAACGGAGGGCAGAUUCAAUUUGCCGGUCAUACACGCAAUCAACACGCCAGUCGGGCCAGAGGUUUUGAACAUAAUUCGCCAAAGAACCGAAGAUAUUUCGCUGAAGAAGUACUGCCUGUCACUGCUGGAGAAGGCGGGCAGCUUGCAGUACACGCGCAACUUGCUUGCCGAACUCGACCGAUCUGCAAGAGCUGAGAUCGCUCGUCUUGGUGGCAACCCGCCCUUGGAGGCUGCACUUGAUGAAAUGCUAAGUUGGAAGGAUUAAUAAAGAAAAUUAACAUAAAAAUAUCCUAAUCAUAAUAAGUUAGGUUUAUAAAUGUUUAGUUUUUAGUUAAAUUUAGUAGUUAAUUUUGUUUUAUUUUAUGUUAUGUAGGUAAUUUAACUUUAACUUAAUUUUUCAGAAUGUUUACUAACCAAAAAUGGGAAUGUGUAUGAAAUAAAUAUU